AUGGCUGCCAGUGCCAGCAAGACGAGGAGGGCGAUCCUUGUGCUCUUCAUCUGGGCCGUGGCCAUGCUCUUCUUCAUGGCCGCCCUCCACCCCAACGUACUCACGGCCGCCGACCAGGUCUACUGCAUGUGCUGCGCUGACAGAAGAGAGUGUGAACAAGACCCGACCUGCUGCACAGACGGUUGCUGCCGCAUGAGACCUUGA